UUCUCGGCUGUUGGAACGUCAAUUCCGUUGUUACAUCGGAUACUGUUACGACGGAAAUGAAUUGUUGGCUUACCGCUACUCUUGUAUGCUUUUCUUGCUGCAUUUGGCAUUGCGCCUUAAGCUGCUACAAUAACCAGAGACUGACCAUAUGCACUCGGAAGCGUCGAGUGUACCAAGAAUUAUGCCCUGGAGUGCCCGUGUGGAAGUGUAGCUAUGGAACACUAAGAUGUGGCUGCGUGAAGCGCACAUCACGAAGGGCGGAUGGCAAGUGCGUGAAACCGGAACAAUGCAGUGCAAUCACAGCAUCGACGACUCAACUUCCUGAAGCUCCUGGUAAUGAAAAGCCGACGUUGGAUUCAGCCGACGUGGAACAGCAAAACACAAACGCGGAUAUUAUACAGAGCGUCGGAUCACACGCGUGUCCAGCUGACCCUAGCCAAUGCGAAAAGAUAUGCAAAGUACAUGGAUUUCAAUUUGGACGGUGUGAUGCAUACGUGCAGUACAACUGCUAUUGCACAGGAUACACCACUCCACCACCUCCGCGAAACGAAAAAUAUAAUAAAGAGGAGAGAUUGUUGUACUGGCCAUACGGACAGGUAACAAACACAGGAGAGCUCGUUAGACAGUUGAAAGACUCAUACGGCUGUCCGAAUAAAAAUGACGACUGUCUAUAUGAAUGCAUGCAGCUGGGAUUCAAUGGAUCAUUCUGUGGGCACCGUCAACCGCACAACUGUUUCUGUAGAGCACAUGUUUUAUCAGAUAUCUGGAAUGCCAAGGAAGGAAACCUUUACCCCAAUCAAAGCACGAGUGUACUUAUGGUUUCUCCUGUUCUAUGCCCCGUAAAGGUGGCCUGA